AUGGAGAAAAUAAAGAAGAAAGUAGAAGAAGAAGGAAGCUUAAAUGGGUUCUCUCCAGUUUCUUCUACUCCAGUUUUUUGGAAAUCCCGGAAAAGAUCAGCAUCAAGUGCAAAGCAUUUAGACAGUGCAGUAAAUGAUUCUAGUGCUGAUAAAGCAAUGGAAAAACAAGAAGAUUCUAUCAUGGAAGAAAAGCCGCAAGAAUCAAACAGCGUUUCUGCUCUUUCUGAGAAACGGAAGGCUUUAUUUGAACCACUGGAACCAGUAAGUGGCCGACGACCUUCAGCUGAAUCCUUGCUUCCACCUCCAGAUUUCGAAUCCGCAAGCUAUCCAAAAGGGUGGCUGAUUGGGAAGAAGCGAAAGCUUGUAAACGUGGACGUUGUCGAGAGUAUGCGAAGGAUUGCUGUACAGGAAAUAAAUCGAAAGGAUAGGGAAAUCGAUGGCCUGAAUGAACAAUUAGAAGAGGAUGCUCGAGUCUUAGAGCAUCUUCAACUACAGCUACUCGAAGAACGAAGCAAGCGCACUGAUGUAGACAGAACAAAUGGUAUGCUGCAAGACCAAAUUACGAUGCUUAUGAACAUGUUACAAGAGAAUGAACCAGAAGAGGAUGAUGGACCCAACGAGCCCUGA